AUGAACAGCAGCACAGCCAGGGCAGAAUCGGACGAAGGAUUUGAUAGAAAUGAUAUUUUUUUAUAUCGAAGCGAAGCAAGUAAUGAAGGAGAGUCGUGUAAUGUUUUGUGUCUCCUUCUGUUCUUUAUUUCCCUAUUCUUCAUAAUGGUAAUGACAUCCGAUAGUAGCCCAGUACCGAAUGUCAACUAUGACAAUACCAAUCCAAACCUUGGGACGCAAGCAGAUGGGAACUUACUUAGUGGAGAGGCUUCUGAUAGGAUACCCACAGACGACAUGUUCGACAAUGUACUCAUCCAGAGCUUGAAUUUCAAAGGCCAUUACAGGGUUGCAUCCAGAGAAGCAGCACAUACAGGGGUACCGACAGAAGCAACAGGUGCAGUAUGGGAGACGAGUGGUGUUACUAUCAACGACAAUUCGUCCACUUCUCCCACUUCUUCUACUUCCACGUCUUCCACGUCUUCCACUACUUCCCCCUCUUCCACUUCUUCCACUUCUUCCACUUCUUCCACUUCUUCCACUUCUUCCACUUCUUCCACUUCUCCCACAUCUCCCACUUCUCCCACUUCUUCCACUUCUUCCACUUCUCCCACUUCUCCCACUUCUCCCACUUCUUCCACUUCUUCCACUUCUCCCACUUCUUCCACUUCUUCCACUUCUCCCACUUCUUCCACUUCUUCCACUUCUUCCACUUCUCCCACCACGAGCUACAAGCUGGGGAAGCCAAAUCGGGCCUGUAUAAACGAUGGGGAAAUUGCGAAUGAAGGAGAAUUCGAAGCAAAGUUAAUUACCCUUAAGCUAUCGUUAUACAAUUUGACAAAGACAUUUCUCUUUUUAUACUUCGAUCCGCAUGUUAGAUGCAGUGACUUACGUGAUCCUGAAUGUACCAGGAGUACAUCUGAGAUGGGCACGAACCCAAAUAAUGCAUACACAAUGGGAAGAAGCACCCCGCUGAGCAAAUUUCAAUUCGUGGGAGUUACUGGGGUGAAUAUAAACAAAGAGAUGAGUUACAUGUUCAAUGGAACUGGUUAUAACAUCCUCACACAGUGUCAAAAUAAUGUAAGCUGCAUAUGUAAUUACAAUAUUGGAAUUCGACAAAAUGUUUCUCUACAUGAAUCCACUUCCCUACGGGAGGUAGAAGAGUCUUACUUAUAUUCAUUAAAACGAUACAUUAUGGAUGAAGCGCAACAUUUUAACAAACACAUUUCGGUUAAAUAUUAUGAUCAGUAUUACAAAUACCUUAGUUCGAUCAAUCACAUGGAUGAUGGGGCUGGCACAUUUCAUGGUGAAAGGGAGGAGGGAAGGGGAGAAAAUUUCCACAAUAUUUUAAACAAAGGAAAUAGAUCCGAAGAAGAAAUGAAAUUAGAAAGGUCCCUUCCAGAGGAGAAGCAACAUGUGGAAGAAAAUAAAACAAAUCGGACAGCAAUGUAUGAUACUAUGUCAGAGGAAAAAGAACGGAAAGGAAAUCCAGAUUAUGAAGGAUACAUUUCAUCAAACAGCUGUAAUAUGUUUAUUUGGCUAGAAGGAAUGGAUAUUAAUAAGAAAUACAAUUCAACAAAAGUAAUGAAUUUUACCUUUAUAUAUAACAUAAAAUCGAUGAUAGAGUUAGGUUUGUUUUAUUCACAAAUUGGAUAUAGCAAUGAGAACAUGAGAAAUGCAGGGAAAAUAUCUCUCAUGUCGAUAUGUUUAAAUUCAUUCAUUGAACUUUUUGAAUCCCUUCUUCUUUUAUAUGAAGUAAUGUUAUCAAGAUUGCUACUAACUCAUUUUAUAUUCAUGAUACUGUUGAAAUUCUUAUUGUUUACAUUAAUGGAACUUCGGUACAUUUUAAUAAUAUGGAAAGCCAAUCAUCAACAAGAUGUAAAUGAAGGAUGGGAACGGACACAAAGAAAGUUAAGUACAUUAUACAAGUGCUAUUACGGGUGUAUACUACUAGUUAUAAUAAGCUUUUAUUAUAUUUUUCCCUUCUUUCCAUAUAUAUUACUAAUUAUUUACAUGUGUUGGGUUCCUCAGAUUUUAUUAGAUAUAUGGAAAGGACAAAGGAAUUCAAUCAAUUUGAAAUUUGUUUUUUUAUUAUCUAUAUGUCGAAUAUUUUUACCAGUUUAUAUCUUCCUCUAUCCCUAUAGCAUUUUCCAGUUAGAUGUUUUUGUUCAAUCAUUGGAUGAUACACCCAGCUCUACAUUCAGUAUACUUCUCAUUCUUAUCUUAAUUAUCCAAUUAUUUUUAAUGGUAUUGCAAAGAAAAUAUGGACCCAGGUAUUUUAUUAACAUUGACCUUUUACCACAUGUGCAUAAUUAUUACAAAACUAUUGAUCAUACUUUCGAGACAGAAAGUCCUGAAUGUGUUAUUUGUAUGUACGACAUUGUUUUGAAUCAAAAAAAUUAUUGCCUCACUCCCUGUUUUCACAUAUUUCACGAGAAAUGCUUGCAACAGUGGAUGGACGUCAAGCUUGAGUGCCCUACGUGUCGGGGUACCCUUCCUAAUUUCCCCUAA